GGAACCAUUUCCGUAUUUGACCGCUAGGUUUUAUGGGCAUUGUGAUUAUAUAUUGCGGUACUCUAUAGGCUACUUCUGAUACCUGUAAAUCUGCCCUUAAAGAUCACUGAAAAUAAAAAAAAUUGCUACUUUCGUUUCACGCCAGUGGUAUUUGACAGUUCCCCUCAAUUCUCUGACGUUUACCCCGCCCCAUCAAUCCUGGGUUGUUUACAAUACUGCCACAGGCCAGGAAUGGUAAGGGGCUUGACGGAAUCUUUUGGAACAUAACUCGUCAACUAGCUACUUUUACGAUAGAGGUCGUCUCUGAAAAGUAUUUGCGAACAGGGAAAGGUGCCACGCAAGAGCGGCCCGGCAACUUGACUGCAGCACGACCUUGGAUUGGAAAAGUAAGCACCAUCGCCACCCGAAAAUAACAGUAGCGAGGCUCCCACUUCCUGGGGUGUGAGGGAUUGAUCUCCUGUCACCAUGGACAUGGACACCCAGCCACAAGGCCAGCAGGCAGCAGUACCCGUGUUCCAGCCUCAGAAGCCGCUUCAGCCGGACAUGGGCCACAACUCUCUGGCUAACUUCCAGAUUGAGAAGAAGAUUGGGCGGGGCCAGUUCAGUGAGGUGUACCGGGCCAGGUACCUGAUGGACAACACCUCCAUGGCCCUCAAGAAGGUUCAGAUAUUCGACUUGAUGGAUGCCAAAGCUCGGCAAGAUUGCAUCAAAGAAAUAGAUCUCCUAAAGCAACUGAACCACCCAAACGUGAUCAAGUACCAUGCAUCAUUUAUUGAGGAGAAUGAGCUGAACAUUGUGUUGGAGCUGGCCGAUGCUGGUGACCUCUCCCGGAUGAUCAAGCACUUCAAGAAGCAGCGGAGGUUAAUUCCAGAGAGGACAGUGUGGAAGUACUUUGUCCAGCUGUGCAGUGCGCUGGAACACAUGCACUCCCGACGGGUCAUGCACAGAGAUAUAAAGCCAGCUAAUGUGUUCAUAACAGCCACAGGAGUGGUGAAGCUGGGAGAUCUGGGACUAGGACGAUUCUUCAGCUCUAAAACCACCGCUGCCCAUUCUUUAGUGGGGACCCCGUACUACAUGUCUCCAGAGAGAAUACAUGAAAACGGAUACAACUUCAAAUCUGACAUCUGGUCUCUAGGCUGCCUGCUCUACGAGAUGGCAGCUCUCCAGAGCCCGUUCUAUGGCGAUAAGAUGAACCUGUACUCUCUGUGUAAGAAGAUAGAGCAGUGUGACUACCCUCCACUCCCUUCCGACCACUACUCUGAAGAGCUGAGGAAGGUGGUAGAUAUGUGUAUUAACCCUGACCCAGAGAAGAGGCCGGACAUCAUGUAUGUGUAUGACGUCGCCAAACACAUGCACGGCCAGACGCAGCAGGGCAGCUAAGUCUACACCUGAGGAUACAAUACAACCCGCAUCUCUUCCUCUCUUCCCUCCUCCUUUCAUCCCUCGCUUCCACAUAAGGACAGGCAGACACCAAUCUUGUCUUUCACACAAUCAUGUAUUGAGAAGUUCUGCAAAAAAAAGGUUAUGUCAUGAAGGUGUUUUGUUUAAGAGAAGGGGGUUAUUUACAGUGCAUUCGUAAAGUAUUCAGACCCCUUCACUUUUUCCACAUUUUGCUAAUUUACAGCCUUAUCCUAAAAUGGAUUAAAUGUUUUUUCCCCC